UCUCUGAUUUUGGUCAUGUACCAAUACUGGCUAAUGUUUUCUCUUGCCUCAGUCGGGUGGUUGUCUGCUGAUGAAGACUGUGAUUUCUCCGAUUACACUACAGCCUAUACAAAUCUUUACACAUCCCUCGGCCUGGAUAAGAAUGACGUACAGAUGGUAAACCUGCGGUCCGUGCCUAGCUCACAUUCUUAUACCAGUGUUUAUGUGGGCCUGUAUGUGUCCUCCAUCACAGAUGUGAAUGAAAAGGCUCAAAGCUUCUCAACACAGGUCAGAAUUUAUACUGUUUGGAAUGAUGAAUUCUAUUCCUGGAACUAUGAAAACUAUUGUGGAAUUCGUACAGUGUCUGCUCGAAAAGAUCAGAUUUGGACUCCAGAUCUUAACAUCAUUGAAAGUAUCAAGACAGAGUAUGCAUCAAUGGAGUCUCAACAUACACUGAUGACCGAUAAAGGGAUUGUGUUCUUGUUGGAUGCUUUAUCGCUGACUACUGCCUGUGUAAUGGACCUGUACAGGUUUCCCUUUGACAUCCAAAACUGCAACAUAACACUUCACUCUUCAGUGCAUACAAGAGAAACGCUUCGUAUCAAAACAAUCUCUGAUGGCAAGGAAUUUACUGAUAUGUCCAAGCAGUCCUUUAAGACUCAGGGAGAAUGGGAACUCCUCGCUGUAAACUAUUCUACAGCCUAUUCCAAUGUUUUCUGGCUAGAAUUUUCUCAUCUGAUAUUUACGAUCACCACAAAGAGGAGACCUCUACUGUAUGUCAUCAACUUCAUGUUGCCAGUGUUUUGCUUCCUUGUGCUGGAUGUGGCCUCCUUCUUUAUAGACGCAAGUGGAUUGGAGAAGUUGAGCUUUAAAGUAACUUUACUCCUGUCUAUUUCUGUGUUGCUGCUCAUUCUCAAUGAUACACUGCCCUCUACUGCUAAAGAUAUCCCACUGAUUGGGGUUUACUGCAGUGUCAUUUUCACUUUGAUUGGCAUAAGCAUUCUGGAGACCAUGCUUGUGAGUUUUCUGAUGUCUACAGGAGCGGAUACCAGAUCAGCAGCACCAGUGGAAACCACAGCUGCUAUUACAGGCCAAGGUGAUGGUGUAAGAGACUCUAGAUGUGUAGAUGGGAAUGUCGAGCAGGCACAUACCCUCAACCAUCAGAAGACACCCAUGUGCUGGACCAGAGUGGCAAAAAUCAUAGAUGUGACAUUCUGUGUUCUUUACAUAACUACCAUUAUUGUGUUUCUGUCCAUGCUUAGCAAGGUUUGGUAUUUAGAUGCAUAUCCUCCAUUUUGAUAUCUUAUUUUAUGCUAGAUAUGGCACAUAAUAUUAUAAUUUAUUCAGUCUUUAUAACAGGAUAAUUAUUAGAAUAAAGAAUGGCUUCCAUGGUACAUUCAUUAUAUUUGUAUUCAUUGUGGGAUCUAUUUCAACAUAUUCAUAUUUUUUGCUCUAAUAUUUACUUUUUGCUAUUUAG